AUGAGCAAAGAGAUGUCUAAUCCUCCGACCAACCAGAAGCAUCAGUCUACGGUGGCGUACACGGUGGAGCAGCUCAUCGCCGUCAAUCCCUACAACCCCGACAUUCUCCCCGAUCUCGAAAACUACGUUAACGAGCAGGUGUCAUCGCAAACCUACAGUUUGGAUGCAAAUCUUUGCCUUCUGCGUCUCUACCAAUUUGAGCCUGCACGAAUGAGCACCCAGAUUGUUGUUCGCAUUUUAAUCAAGGCUUUGAUGGCAACGCCAGCGCCUGAUUUCAGCCUCUGUCUCUUUCUAAUUCCUGAAAGAGUGCAAAUGGAGGAGCAAUUUAAGACACUGAUUGUUUUGUCGAACUACUUGGAGGCCAUAAACAUUGAGGGCCCCUCUCUGGACAAGAUAAUCGACUACCACACUGCAAACUCUGGUUGGCAAUUUGAGAAGAAGGAGAAAACGGGCCCACUUAUUAUUCUCCCCUGCAAUGAAUUCAACCAUCCCCAGCUCAAGAAAAGUGCUUCAAAUGGCGUACCUUUGGAUAAAAUCGCACGAAUCAUCCCCAUUCUUGGUUGA